UUGGAUUGGUGAUGAGGUCUAGGAGGUUUAAUCUGGUUGAUUCUUUUUAUUGGCUACUGGUGUUAGAUUUUAGAAGUUUUGAUUAUCUCUUGUGCUGAUCACUCCAAUUAAUCUGAGGAGAGCUUAUGCUAAAGUAAACUGUAAGCUUACUCACAACCAAAAUACAAAUCUAGAGACAAUUUGAACCUACCAGAAUUCAAUUAUCAGAUACUGGAUACUGCACUUGGUGCUUUUAUUUGAUAACUUCUUUUUAUUUAUGGCAAACCAUUCAAAGACUCGAAGACAGCAAGGUGAUGAAAAACUGGCUUCUGCAUCCGAUUGGAGAAUGUAACUUGCAGCUAUUUGCUCUUGUUUCAUUAUGGAUAUCAAGCAAAAUACAUGAUUCACCUUCUCUGUCUGUUAAAAAUUUCAAAUCCUUGGGAGACAACUUUAUCAAGGAGCAACAUUUCACCAUGGGGGAUAUUUUGGAAGCUGUUCUGCAAUUUGGGAUUGGCAUGUCGAAAAUUGCUUUUGCUUCAGUUGAAGAGCUUCUUGUUCAAUUCAAGGCAGUUGCCCAAGUUGGGGAGCAUGUGAAGUUUGAAGCUUGUAUAGAUGUGAUGGAUCUGCUUUAUGAAAAUGAAGAGUAUUGCUGUGAACUCGCUCGUGUUGGUGGAGGGUAA